AUGGAUUCAGAUUCAUUCUUCCUCGAUUUGCUCUUCGUCGCCAUAACCCCGGCGGCUAUAGUGGUGGUGAUGAUCCUUAGCUGCCUCAUCAUGUUCAUCGUCUUUGGAGGUAUAGGCAUGAUUGGGUAUGGGAUCGUCUCCAUCUUUUCCAGCGUGCGUGAAUACGUGCGUGGGCGCGGGGUGGUGGCGGCUGGCGGCGGCAACGACUACGAACUCAUUGACGCCCUCGACUGGCGAGCAGCACCAGCAGCACCAGCAGCACUUGCAACAGCAGGAGGAGAAUGA